AUAUAAUGCUGGCAAUAGGAUAAGAGAAGGCGAUGGCUAAUGGAACAAGUGAUGGUUUAUCGAUUUGUAUUGACGAUAUUGUUAAACGGCUAAAAGGUCUAACUCCAACAUCCACUGAUGGCAAUAUAUUUAAAGUACCUGAACAUCUACGCUCCGUGAAUCCGAAUGCUUAUGAUCCAUUCAUAAUUGCAAUUGGCCCUUAUCACCGAGAUAAGAAAGACUUUUCGAUGAUGGAAGACCACAAAAUGCGGUUUUUGAAACACUUUCUCGAACGAAGAAGUGAACGGGAAGAAGAUGUGAAAAAGUAUGUCGAAGCCUUGAGGGCUCUGGAAAGAGAAGCUCGUAAUCAUUAUGCAGAUCGUGCUGCAGAUAUAAUAUCUGAUGAAUUUCUUAAAAUGAUGUUGCUUGAUGGUUGCUUCAUCCUUAUGCUACUUCACAGGUUUAAGGAAAAGCUGAUGCCACGGACAGACAGUAAUGAUAACCAAGAAAGAGGCAAUUUAUUUUCGGGUUUGAUCAUCAAGAGAUUGGGCCGUGAUUUGUUAUUAGUUGAAAAUCAACUCCCCUUCUGUGUUCUUCAAAAGUUGUUUAGCAUGAUUGAUAGAGAAGGGAACAGUAGUCUCGAGGAUAUGAUUUUGCAUUUCUUCUCUUAUUCUGUGUUUCCCGAUCCACGGCUCUCGAAAAUUUAUUCUGAAAGCGACAGGAAAGGUUCAUCAGAAACGAAGCAUCUAUUAAGCUUUAUACGUGAUAAAUGGCUUCUACGCUGUCCUCAGAAAGUUAGUGGAGGGAAUGAUAGCGCAAAAGAAAUUUGUUGGGGGUCCAUAAGUUGCGGCAAUUAUUCGGGGUCCAUAAAUUGUGGCACUGGGCCGAUCAAACCUCAACCAUCUCAAAACAAUAGGAAAGAUUUGAAGUUCAUGCGUUGCGCCACAGAGCUUAAGGAGGCAGGAGUCAAGUUUAGAAAAGGUAAGGAAGAUAGCUUGUUUGCUAUUAAGUUUAAAAAUGGAGUAAUGGAAAUCCCACGAUUAGAAAUUAGAGGAGAAACCGAGUCUAUCUUCCGAAAUCUCAUUGUCUAUGAGAAUUACUUUACAAAUGAGAUUAAUACUAAGAGUGGACAUGUCAUCAGUGAUGAGAUUAAUACUAAGAGUAGACAUGUCAUCAGUGAUUAUAUGAAAUUCAUGGACUGCCUCAUCAACUCUCAAAAUGAUGUGGAAUUACUUUGUCAGUGCAAUAUUCUCCAUAAUUGUUUGGGCGAUGAUAAAACGGUUGCGAACAUGUUUAAUAGCAUUGGUGAUUUUGUCACGCUUUCCCCUGACAAUUAUUAUUUCGAUAUAUUCAUCAAGGUGAACGAGCAUUGUGGCCAAAAGCGUCACAAAUGGAUAGCACACUUAAGGCACAAAUAUUUUUACAGUCCAUGGGCUUUCAUUUCCUUCUUUGUUGCUGUUCUGUUGCUUCUGUUUACCUUGACUCAAACUGUGUAUUCUGCUCUCGCUUAUUAUAAAUAAAUGGCAAGUCCUCCAAA